GAAGGAGGGCGGGGUCAUGUGACAGAGCCGGUCACGUGCCCCUGUCCCUGGCUCAGAGAGGGAAGGAGCACUUUUCCCGACAGAGGGCCUCUUCCUCCUUCUUCUCCUCCUCCUCCGCUGCUGCUGCUUUUGGUCAAGAUGUCGGGCAAGGACAGGAUUGAGAUCUUCCCUUCGCGGAUGGCUCAGACCAUCAUGAAAGCACGUUUGAAAGGAGCCCAGACAGGUCGCAACCUCUUGAAGAAAAAGUCUGAUGCUUUGACUUUACGAUUCCGACAGAUUUUGAAGAAAAUUAUUGAGACAAAGAUGUUGAUGGGCGAGGUAAUGAGAGAAGCUGCUUUUUCACUUGCAGAAGCAAAGUUCACGGCUGGAGACUUCAGUACUACUGUGAUUCAGAAUGUAAACAAAGCUCAGGUCAAGAUCAGAGCAAAGAAAGAUAAUGUAGCAGGUGUGACCCUGCCAGUUUUUGAGCAUUAUCAGGAAGGAGGGGACAGUUAUGAGCUGACUGGUUUAGCCAGAGGUGGGGAGCAGCUGGCCAAACUGAAAAGGAACUAUGCCAAAGCAGUAGAACUCCUUGUAGAACUGGCUUCACUUCAGACUUCAUUUGUUACACUGGAUGAAGCUAUCAAGAUAACAAAUAGGCGUGUAAAUGCUAUUGAACAUGUGAUUAUUCCCAGGAUUGAACGUACACUGUCUUAUAUCAUAACAGAGUUGGAUGAACGAGAAAGAGAGGAGUUCUACAGGUUAAAGAAGAUACAAGAAAAGAAGAAAAUAAUAAAAGAGAAGAAUGAAAAACAGCAAGCAUUACGGAGGGCUGCUGGAGAGCAAGUCCAUGAACCUGCCAAUUUGCUUGCAGAAGAUAAAGAUGAGGAUCUGCUGUUUGAAUAGCUACAUGUAUGUGUAGUUGAGCAAAAUGAGAUUCAGAUACUGUUCCGAAUACGCAGUGGCUGUUAUUUAUAUUGUGACUCUUGAUUUGGUGCAUUUGUCAGAACUCUCUACUCACAAUUAUUUGGGGAAUUUUUCUGUUGUGCAAAAUGGUUAAUGUUUAAUAGUUAAACACAUGCAUGAGGCAGAACCAUUGUCUUUCAUCCCUUUGGGAAAGAACUGGAGCCUUUGUUUCUUCUCUUCAGCUAUAUUUAGAUUUCCCUUUCUCCUGUUCUUGCAUACUACCAAAUUCUUGUGAGAAAAUUUUUGUUUUAACAAGCUUCAUGUUCAAAUGUGAAAUCAACUGUAGUAAGUUUGCAAAUUUUUCAAAUUUUUGCUGCCUCAGCCUGGUAAAAACAAGUCUUAAUCUGUAUUUUCAAUGUAAUUUGCCUUUCUUCUGAAGAAAGUACUUCUGUAUUAGGCUGUAUCUGUCAACUCAUCUAUGCUGUAAAAUCAUUAAAAAAAUUAAUUCAGA